UGUACUAAAAAUGGCAUCAUCUCUGUCUCCCAAAUCUGCCUUCACUACUCUACCUGCUUACCUUAACAACCAAGUAUUUACCUGCCACUUCCUCUAUACACAAAAUCUUGUCUUGUUUCUGGAAUAAAAAAUAAUUGUUAGGGUAGAAAGAGUAUACAAAAUCUUGAAUUGGGUUGUAUAUUAAGUUAAUUUAAGCUUGAGAAACCAAAAAAAAAAAAGAACUUUUUUUAUGCUGGUAUUAGCUUAAAGAAAAUCUCUAUGUGCAAAGAAAAUUCUCUUUCUUUUUGUUUCUUAUUCUUAUUGUUUUGUCUCCGUGUGGCCUAUAACUCACGAGUUCGAGCCGUAGAAUCAGCCACUGAUGCUUGCAUCAGGUAGGCUACCUACAUCACAGCCUUUGGAGUGCGGUACUUUACCCUGCGUGAACGUCGAAUGCUUUGUGCACCGGGUAAAAUGUCCAGUGACUUGUGUUUGCAAAGCAAACUUGAAUGAGAAUGGAACUCAAACAUUAAGGGUGAAAAAAUUCCAAUUGAAUUGCUCAAGAGACAGAGAGAUGGAUGUCUCUACAGCAGCUUUGGUCGAUUGUGUUGCUGACUUAACGGACGAUAUGGAUGCUACGGAAUUACCUGAUAUUGAAAUUGGGGAGCCAAUGGAGCCUAGUGUUUCAACAAUGCUUAUGAACUUCAGCAAUGAGUUUGAUCCUUAUGAUGCUAUGAGUACUCCACUGUAUCAAACGUCUACUUUUAAGCAACCUUCAGCCACGGAAUUUGGACCUUAUGAUUAUACACGGAGCGGAAAUCCAACACGGGAUGUACUGGAAAAGCUCCUUGCCAAGCUUGAGAAAGCAGAUAGAGCAUUUUGCUUUACUAGUGGAAUGACUGCUUUAGCAGCUGUAGCUCGCCUUCUUGGAACUGGUGAAGAGAUUGUGGCUGGUGAUGAUAUGUAUGGUGGUUCUGACCGCCUGUUGUCACAAGUAAUUCCAAAAACUGGAGUUAUAGUGAAACGGGUGGAUACAACUAACUUAGACGUGGUUGCCUCUGCAAUUGGACCAAAUACAAAGCUUGUAUGGCUGGAGAGUCCAACCAACCCUCGUCAACAAAUUUGUGAUAUUCGUAAAAUAGCUGAGAUGGCUCAUGCACAUGGGGCUCUUGUACUGGUAGAUAACAGUAUCAUGUCCCCUGUACUGUCCCAUCCUUUGGAGCUCGGAGCAGAUUUUGUGAUGCAUUCAGCUACUAAGUUUAUAUCUGGACAUAGUGAUCUGAUGGGAGGUGUACUCGCUGUUAAAGGAGAAAGCUUGGCAAAGAAUGUGUACUUCCUUCAAAAUUCAGAAGGUGCAGGCUUAGCCCCAUUUGAUUGCUGGCUUUGUUUAAGAGGGAUCAAAACAAUGGCGCUGCGUGUAUUAAAGCAGCAGGAAAAUGCACAAAAGAUUGCUGAAUUUCUAUCAUCUCAUCCUCGAGUAAAGAAGGUUAACUACGCUGGUCUUCCCGACCAUCCUGGUAGAUCUUUGCACUAUUCUCAGACCAAGGGUGCAGGAUCUGUGCUGAGUUUUUUUACAGGGUCAUUGGCACUCUCUAAGCAUGUAGUUGAGGCUACUAAAUACUUCAGCAUUACUGUCAGUUUUGGAAGUGUGAAGUCACUCAUAUGUCUGCCUUGCUUCAUGUCGCAUGUGGCUAUACCUGCUGAAGUACGCGAGUCUAGAGGUCUUACUAAGGAUCUAGUUCGAAUUUCUGUUGGGAUUGAAGAUGUUAACGAUUUGAUAGCCGAUCUAGACAAUGCACUUAGAACUGGGCCAGCAUAACUUGAGAAGCACUAGAGUUUAUCUCAUGCCAAUCUUGAUGCCCUUCGAAAUAAAUGCCUGUUGCAUCACGCGAUCACUAGCUGGCACUCUGUAUUCUCAACGUGUGCUCUCUCAUUUAGUUGUCAGUUUGAUUUUAGUUCAUAAAAUCAAAAGAGUUGGCUUAACUAAAGGUGAUGAAAGGCCUGAUGUUAAAUGUCAUCUUGUUGUUUCUGCACUUGUUGGUUCUGGAAAGAAUGAAAUAAGCAAAUGAAGCUGCGCAAGUUCAACAGUCGAA